AUGGACGACGCAGUACAUCCAGUUGACAUAGUUGGCGAUACGCUCCAACCCGAUGUCAAGCCCGCGCUCAAUCGACAGCUUUGGCUUGGAUUCCCUUCCGCACUCGAGUCCCUUGUCAAGAAAGCGUUUGAGGCGAUCCGACGCCCUCGUGCGGAGCGCACAUCGUCCAUGGAACCAAGGCAACGGCUCUCUACGCCCUCCACCAACGCAGUCUCUGGCGUCUCAAUCAUGAGCAGCGAGCCCCUUGCCGAUCCUCCGUUGCUCUUGACUUCGACGCACAAUCCGUGUUCUCCCGAGGUCUCGGAUGAAUACAUCAUUCCUGGUGCCGCAUAUACACCAGACCGCAGCAAAUCGGAUGCGCCGGCAAUGUUUUGGUCUACAGCACGGCCAACCCCGGUACCACUACCGGCAAACAAAGGACGGAGCUUCUGCGCAGAUCAUCGCCUCAAUCUGCUGUAUCGUCCAUCCGACAACGACUACAAAGGCUAUGGCGAUAACAUUAAGGGCCUCGGCCGAGGACACCAUGCGCCGGCAUCAAAUGUCUUCCGCAGCAUCUACCCGUACCUCGAUCUGACAUAUACGCAAGAAGUGCGCUCACAACUCCGAGACAUCGCCACGAUUCAAGCAAACUCCGGAGGAUUGCGUAAACUUGUCAAUGAUUCGUACCGUAUCCAUGGCAUCAACACCGGCAAAGCUCGCCAACGUAGCAAAGAUUGGCGUAUCCUCUUCAAGUACCUCAACAAACAAAGCAAAGGCGUUAUCAUCUGGAAGACGUCAAUGACUAUCUUUUUCUCUGUUGCUCUCAGCGUAAUUGCCAUUGUUAUCGCCGCUGUCCUUGAACUUACAAUUAUCGUCAUCAUUGCCUGCUUCCCUGCCUUCACCUGCGUAUACCUCCUUGCACAGGAGCACGCGAUCAAGUUGCGUACGGACCUUGCGAACAGCAUGCGGAAGGAUCUUGCGGACAACAUGCGUAUGGAUCUCAACCAACUUAUCGGCCCAAAGACCGAGCCCGCUCAACUUAGCGAGAGUUGUGAAGAAGAAGAUCCAGUACAAGCGCUCAAGGACUGCAUGAUGCGCUCGUAUACGCAUGGCAAUUGUUCUCCGCAAUGGGGAGACGACUUCAACGCCCUUCCGAUGACGCCCAUCGAGAACUUCUGCGUGGGAUCAAAAGGGACUCACACCCCCUAA